AUGGCUACUUCAAUCCUUUCUCCGACCCUGUUGCCAUUACCAACCACAUCGCCUUCGUCGAUGACUGACUCGGCAGUCAGAACAACCACAACCGCGCCUGUUCAACCAGAUGAAAUCUAUACAAUCGAUGGCCUUCUGCGGGCCAGGGGAGUGGGCAAGACUGCCAAUGAGCCCAUAGUCGCAUACCCUUCAUCUGCGACCAACUAUAUCUACCACACGCCGUACGAGUUAAACCAACAUGUUGAGGCAGCCGCAAUCCAUUACUCUAAAGAGAUUCCACAGAGACUCUCAUCAACCGACUCGGUUCAGGUAGUCGGUUUACUAGGCCCUUCUGAUUUUGAAUACCUGAUCACACUACUCGCAAUCUCGCGCUUGGGACACACUGUUCUCCUUCUUUCAACACGUAUUGCCGAAGACGCCUACGUCAGUCUGGUCGAAACUACAAAAUCAACCUUCAUCAUCACAUAUCCGAGUUUCCAGGCUGUGGGGGAGACUGUCUCCAAACGCACAGGUGCCACCCAAGUUCCAGUCAUGACUCCCUUGGACCCAGCCACAGUUGCAUCUUCUGCUGCCCUUCCAAUCGCAAACCUGCACGGUCCAACUGAAAACAAGCACAUCACUUGGGUUAUCCAUUCCAGCGGCUCGACAGGUCUGCCGAAGCCAAUCUACCAGACACACGCCGGGGCCCUGAAAAAUUAUGCCAAUAACUUCGGGCUUAAGGGCUUUAUUACCCUACCUCUCUUUCAUGCACAUGGUAUCAGCUGUCUUUUCCGUGCAAUCCAUUCCCAGAAAUUGAUCUAUAUGUAUAACGCCAGCCUGCCACUCACUGCUACAUCACUACUUACGACGCUGAAGGAGCAUCCUGAUAUCCAGGUUCUCUACGCAGUACCAUAUGCCUUGAAGCUCUUAUCGGAGUCAGAGGAGGGCUUGAAGUGCAUGGCCCCACUUGAGCUUGUCAUGUUCGGGGGCUCCUCCUGUCCGAAGCCAAUCGGUGACCUUUUGGUCCAGAAUGGCGUUCGUCUUAUCUCGCACUAUGGAACCACUGAGACUGGGCAGCUGAUGACUUCUUUCCGGGAGAGGUCUGACCUUGAUUGGGAUUACGUUCGCCCCGGUCCAUCCUUGCUGCCAUAUCUAAGGUGGGAAGAGCAACCAGAUAUGGAUGGAGUCUAUGAGCUUUGUGUUUUGGAAGGUUGGCCCUCUAAGGUGGCUAGUAACCGACCGGAUGAUUCCUAUGCGACCAAGGAUCUUUUCGAGAAGCAUCCCACGACCCCUAAUGCUUGGCGGUACUAUGCUCGACUGGAUGAUACUUUGGUUCUUGAAAAUGGUGAAAAGGCUAAUCCAUUGACGAUCGAGGGUGUUGCUCGAAAGAAUCACAAUGUUGCCGAAGCGAUCGCGUUUGGAAGUGGUAAGCCUCGCCUUGGUCUGUUCGUUAUUCCAUCGGAGAAGUCUCCUUUCUCGAACGAUGCGGAGUUGGUUGAUGCUAUCUUUCCGGAAAUCGAAAAAUGCAAUACCGAGUCUCCUGCUUAUGCAUAUAUUUCUCGAGAUAUGAUUAAUGUUCUCCCGAGAGACACUGAAUACCGCAAGACGGACAAAGGAACUGUCAUCCGAUCUGCGUUUUACCAGCAAUUUGCGGAGCGCAUCAAUGAGAUCUACGAUGCCCCAGACAUGGCGGGUAGCUUGGUUUUGGAAGGUUGCGCCCUUGCCAGCUUUCUCCGAAGCACACUCCUGGACAUCGCCCCAUCUAUUGAUCCUUCUACCCUGGAAGAGACGACUGAUGUCUUUAGUCUGGGCGUCGACAGUCUACAAUCCAUGCGACUUCGGGGUGCCAUUCUGAAAAGUCUUGAUCUUGGAGGUCAUAAGCUAGGACAGAACUUUGUCUUCGAGAACCCCUCGAUAUGGGCAAUGUCUGAGGCAAUCCAGAGUUUGCGCAAGGGUCAGGGGUCAAAAGAGCAGACCCCUGUCGAGCAGAGAAUGCAAGACUUGAUUGAGAGAUACAGCUCCAACUUCAAGAUCCACACGCCUAUUCCGCGCGAUCUCGAUGGAGAGUACAUCGUGCUCACUGGCGCUACUGGAUCGCUGGGUGCGCAUAUUGCAGCUCAACUAGCCCAAUCUGAGAGUGUCCACAAGGUCUACUGCCUAGUCCGUGCCAAAACUCCUGCCGCUGCUCGCAAGCGCGUUUCUCAAAGUUUGCGCACCCGUGGACUGGCUUUCAGCCUACCUCCUGCCGCCGGACGAAAGAUUAUCGCUUUACCCGCGGACCUGUCCAACUCGGACAAAUUUGGUCUCGAGGAGGAAACUUUUUCCCAGAUCAAAAAAUCAGUUACAGCAGUCAUUCACUGUGCCUGGUCUGUCAAUUUCAAUUGGGCUCUGGAGAGCUUUGAACACAGUUGCAUUGCAGCAACUCGUAACCUUCUGGAUCUGUGCCUGAGUGCUGAAGGACCCCGUCCUGCCUCCUUUGCAUUCUGUUCCUCCGUAAGUACUGUGGCUCGGACACCGGGUAACUGGGCUCCAGAGGCGCUACCCGAAUCAUUGAGCUAUGCCCAAAGUAUGGGAUAUGCCCAGUCGAAACUUGUCACAGAACAUAUCGUCAACAGGGCCGCGUCACAAACGGGCAUGACAGCACGGGUUCUGCGCGCAGGUCAAAUCAUCGCAGAUACGGUGAAUGGCAUCUGGAAUACUACUGAGGCCAUUCCGAUGAUUCUCCAAUCUGCGAAAACGAUCAAAGCGCUACCGAAGCUAGACGAUGUGCUAUCCUGGACGCCAGUCGACAUCAUGGCUUCUAGUAUCAUUGAUCUAAGCCUGAGCCCGGCUGCAGCGAACGUCUUGAAUGUCACCAAUCCAAACCUGAGCCACUGGUCCACGCAACUUCUCCCAUUACUGCGAGAAGCAGGACUAGGAUUCGAAGCACUUCCACCAAAGGCAUGGCUUCAGCGUCUUCGUGAAUCAGACCAAAAUCCUGAAACCAACCCAGCCAUCCGCCUCCUGGAGUUUUUCGCCUCAAAGUACGACACCGAUGCGGCCAGCCGUGUCCUGCUAUACGAUACAAAGAACGCACAAGAAUCAUCUCCAUCUUUGUCUAAGGCAAGCGGGCUGGAUAAAAUCCUCGUCACUAGAUUUGUCCAGUACUUCAACCAUGCCUGGACCCCGUCUUCUACCCCAGCUGUAGCCCGGGACAUAAUCUUCCUUAUCGGUCCAGCAGGAUGCGGCAAAACAACCGCUGCUACAGCCCUAGCCCAGAAGCUCGGUAUCCCAUCCAUUGAAGGUGAUACUCUCCACUCGCCUCUGGCCCGCCUGAAAAUGGAUAGGGAUAUCCCUCUGCAAGAUUCCGAUCGAUGGGAUUGGUUGGCCCACAGUCGGGGAGCGGUAAUGGAUCGAUUGCUCAGUACAUCUGCACCUGCUGUUGUGGUGACAUGCUCGGCUUUGAGGACUAUUUACAGGGAUGAGUUAAGGCGGUUAUCGCAGUUGUUGGGUUUACCUGUUGCCAUUACUUUUGUUUUGCUCCAUGUUGGGGAUAAAUCUGUCCUUAAGGAUCGAGUUCUUGAGCGGGAGGCGGAGGGGCAUUACAUGAAGUCUGCUAUGGUUGAUUCGCAGCUUGAGUUGUUUGAGAUACCUUGUGAUGAAGGAGAUGUGGUUGUGGUUGAUUCCGGUGUGGGUAGAGAGGAGAUGUUGGAGAAUGUGGUGCGGGUGGUGCAGAAUGUUUUGGAAUCAUGA